GGGACGCUACAGAAAUUCGUGGAUGACCUGUUCGAGACUCUUUUCAGUACGGUCCACAGAGGCAGCGCGCUUCCAUUAGCUAUUAAAUACAUGUUUGACUUCCUGGAUGAACAAGCGGACAAGCACAGCAUCCAUGACACUGACGUCCGUCACACCUGGAAAAGCAACUGCCUUCCUCUGCGUUUCUGGGUGAAUGUGAUCAAGAAUCCCCAGUUUGUUUUUGACAUCCACAAGAGCAGCAUCACGGAUGCGUGUCUGUCUGUGGUGGCUCAAACCUUCAUGGACUCGUGUUCCACAUCUGAACACAGAUUGGGCAAAGACUCGCCCUCUAAUAAGCUGCUUUAUGCUAAAGAUAUCCCUAACUACAAGAACUGGGUAGAAAGGUACUACGCUGACAUCAGCAGGCUUCCAGCCAUCUCCGAUCAGGACAUG